AUGGGUGACAAGCGCCAUUGCCACACGGAGCUUUUUACCUGGCUCAGCGCCUUUAUUCCAGAGGCCACGAACUGCUCACCAUCCAGCCGCGGCAUCCCAGGGCAAAUCCGCGGACCCCGACUCACCGCCACCGGGGCAGCCGGGGGCGUGCACGGAGCAGGGGAGCCGCCGACUUUGCAAAGUGAUGGGCAGCAGGGGGACAACUUUUGGGCGUUGGAUGGCAGGGGUCGGCCGGGGGCUGCUGGGAAGCAGCGGCGCCGGAGCCUGGCGCAUCGUCCUCCCGCCCACGCCCCCGCGGCGCCGAGCACAGAAACCGGCUCGGGCCGGCCUCGUUCCCCGCAGGCGACCGGCGCGGGGACCCGCCGCGUCCACACUCGCACAGGUUGCCCGGCGCGGCCGGGACGUGCCGGCCCCGCCACCUUCCAGGGGCAUCCCUACCCGGCCCGGCUGUGGCCCCGAACUGCGCGCCGCCCACCCCGACCCUGCUCGGGCCCGGUCGCUCGCCAGCCGCCGCUCCGCGCCCGCCUCGGCAGCGCCGGCCUCGGGCUUUUGUUCGGCCGCGACGCGAGCGGCGAGCGCCGCCUGACGAGGGGCGGCCGGGCUGGGGCGGCAGCCUCAACGCUCUCCACGCGCUCCGCUCCCGCCCUCCCGGCUCCGGAGGAAGCGUCGGCCGCGGGACUCACCCUCCCCGGCGGCCUCCGAGCUCUCUCGCGCUGCACCGCUGGCCCCGCAGGCGGCCGCGCGUCCCUCAGGUCCCCCGAGCGGCCGAGGACAGCCGGUGCGCCGAGCCUUCGCGAGCGUCGGGGCGCGCGGCCCCGGGAGGGAGGUGCGCGCGCACGUGCCGCGCAUGCGCGCUGCGCCCAGUCUCCCAGCCGGAGCCUGGCCGUGCGGGGCUGA